GUGGGGUGGUGGGGGGUGGGGGGAGAACAGAGUGAAGGAAGCUAGAUCCAGUGAAGGGCCAGAAUGUGGGCAGACCCUCCCAAUGUCAGCGCCCCCUGCGAUGAGGUGGGGACACUGCUUUACUCAGCUGGCAAACAGCAGCAGUGGAUGGAAGGCUGGCCACCCCACCUUCUGUUCAUUCACCAAUGGAGGAGCCCCUCCUGCCUUUAAGGGUGACAGACAAAGGGUGGGGGGAGGAAGCAACCACACCCUGUUCGCUGCCCAUGCCCACUAGCCUGGCACUUUUCUCCCCACUGGCCCAGGGGUGCGAGGUUUCAUUUGUGCAGAGGACGUGGGGAACGAGGCCGGGGGCAGUGGGAUGCACAGAGUCAGGCAGUCCUUGUCCCCACCCACAGUCUAUAAUUCAGAGACCCUCUCAGAGCAGAAUGCACGGCCACCUGCUUGGUCAGCUGUGAGCACCCAGGGGAGUGAGUGCCAGCAAGCUCCGGGGCCACCUGGUGGAGGAAGAACACCAUCGCCUUGGCAGGGAAGCACCCCCACCCCAGGAGGCCAGAGAGAGGGUGCCACGUCAGGGAGGAAGCUGGGUGGGGCCAGGCAGGAUCAGUGGGAGGGGGAGGGGCCGGAUGGAGUCACUCCCUCUCUGGGCAGUCCUCCCCCACCCCACCCCAGCAGAGCCCAGCCCUUCUAGUGCAUUCCCCCCCACCCCCACCCCGCCCCGUGAAGGAAACCUGCCUGUGGGGAGCAUCUCCUGGGCAAAGGGACAGUGUGAGGGGGAUGGUGGAGAGGUGUCGGGGAAUGGCCAGCAGAAAGAAAACUCCAGCAGCAGAACAGAUUCAGAGGUUAGGGAGCAAGCCUGUAGAGGGGGCCUAAGGCAGGGCUACAGGCUUUUCUGGUACAAAAGGCUAGCCUUGUGCUCUAUGAGGAGCUGUUGUGUGGUUGUAGGAAAUCAACCAACACCUGGCAGGGGAAGCCUCCUCCCAGGGUCUCCCUCGGUAGGUGUUCAAUAAAUGCCAAAGUGAAUGACCAUCGCCACCACCGGGUCACCACAAUGCAAGCAAAGGCUUGCUCCUCAGCAGCUGCCCCUCCAAGAGCUGCUGGCCGCAAAGAAGACCCACAGCUCACAAAUUGAAGUGAUUCCUUGCAAAAUCUGUGGGGACAGGUCGUCUGGGAUCCACUACGGGGUUAUCACCUGUGAGGGGUGCAAGGGUUUCUUCCGCCGGAGCCAGCAGUGUAACGUGGUCUACUCCUGCACCCGCCAGCAGAACUGCCCCAUCGACCGUACCAGCCGAAACCGGUGCCAGCACUGCCGGCUGCAGAAAUGCCUGGCACUGGGCAUGUCCCGAGAUGCUGUCAAGUUUGGCCGCAUGUCCAAGAAGCAGAGGGACAGCCUGCACGCCGAAGUGCAGAAACAACUACAGCGGCAGCAACAGCAGCAGCGGGGACAAGUGGCCAAGACCCCGCCAGCGGGGGGCCAGGGAGCAGAUGCCCUCGCAUGCCCUGUGGGACUCCCAGAUGGGCAGCUGCCCCUGGGCUCUUCGCCUGACCUGCCUGAGGCCUCGGCCUGCCCCCCCGGCCUCCUGAGAGCCCCAGGCUCUGGGCCCUCCUGCCCCAGCAGCCUGGCCAAGGCGGGGCCCAACGGGGCCUCAUACCACCUGGGACACAGCCCCGAGCGGGGCAAGGCCGAGGCCAGAGACGGCUUCUAUGGCACAGGCAGCCAGCUGCCCCCUGACACAUGUGGGCUUCAUUUCAAGGACCCCAGGCAUCCUGGGCUUGAGGAACCAGGACAGGGCCCAGACAGCUACUGCAGCCCCAGCUUCCACAGCACCCCAGAGGUGCCCUAUGCCUCCCUGACAGAGACUGAGCACCUGGUGCAGAACGUUUGUAAGUCCUACCGAGAGACAUGUCAGCUGCGACUGGAGGACCUGCUACGACAGCGCCCUAACAUCUUCUCCCGGGAGGAGGUGGCUGGCUACCAGAGGAAGUCAAUGUGGGAGAUGUGGGAACGCUGUGCCCACCGCCUCACUGAGGCCAUUCAGUACGUGGUGGAGUUCGCUAAGAGGCUCUCAGGCUUUAUGGAGCUCUGCCAGAAUGACCAGAUUGUGCUUCUCAAAGCAGGAGCAAUGGAAGUGGUCCUGGUCAGGAUGUGCCGGGCCUACAAUGCUGACAACCACACAGUCUUUUUCGAAGGCAAAUACGGAGGCACGGAGCUGUUCCGAGCCUUGGGCUGUGGGGAGCUCAUCAGCUCCAUCUUUGACUUCUCCCACUCCCUGAGCACAUUGCGCUUUUCUGAGGAUGAGAUUGCUCUCUACACAGCCCUCGUGCUCAUCAACGCCAACCGGCCAGGGCUCCAAGAGAAGAGGAAAGUAGAGCAGCUGCAGCACAACCUGGAGCUGGCUUUCCAUCACCAUCUCUACAAGACCCACCGCCAAGGUAUCCUGGCCAAGCUGCCACCCAAGGGGAAGCUUCGGAGCCUGUGUAGCCAGCACGUGGAAAAGCUGCAAACCUUCCAGCAUCUGCACCCCAUCGUGGUCCAGGCUGCUUUCCCUCCACUCUACAAGGAACUCUUCAGCACUGAAAUUGAGUCACCUGAGGGGCUGUCCGAGUGACCCAGAGGAGGGACUGCUUUUCCCUUCUCUGGAGCCCGCUGGCCCUCGCCCCAGCCCUCCUCCUACCCUCACCUUUUUCUUUCCUGUGCUCUGAGAGGGUGGACCCUGCCUGUUCUUUGGGGGUGAGCGGUUGCUCAGACUGGCUUUCUGCCCACAGGCAUGCCCAGGGGUGGGCCAAGAGCCAGAGAGGGUAGGGAUGAAGGAACACCGUCUCCAGCCUCAGCUUGGUCGUGUCUCCUUCACCAUGACUCUUCACCCCCAGCUUCUGAGAGGCCCAGGGUGGCACAUAGGGACCUCUAGGAGGACCACAGUGUCCUCAGGACACCAGGGGGAUCCAGGACACCCUGGAUGAAUGGAACUCAACUCUGAGCUCAGAAGCUAAGAACAGGACUUUAAAAUACCUCAUUGCAUUUCCCUGUGGGCUUUGGCUGGGGAGGUAUGUCAAGCUCAGAGACUGGCAGCUGGAGCCCAGAAGGACCUGUAUAUAACAUGAACACAGAUCUUUAGAUUUUC